AAAUUCCAAAGGAACUGCAGUCGUUGUGCCAAGGAAUGAUCGCUUCCUGCACCAGAAAUUACCAGCGCCGCUGCUCGGCGCCUUUACUGGCAGCAGCCGCCCGUUUCCUUCAGCCCUGGCGGAGGGAAUUGCUGAGCUGGGGAGGGAGAAAAGGAGGCAGGGAGCUGGGGCAGCCUUUAUCACGGCCCUGCAGCCCUUCGCCCCGCAAAGCAGAGCCAGAGCGGAGCUGAGCACUGCACACAGCGCUGCGCGUCCGUUGCUGAGCCCGGAGGCGUUGAGGAAACACCAUGGGCAACUGCGUCCCGGGGAGCCCUGACAUCGUAGCAAACGGAACCUCCUUGAACCUCCUGGACCUCUUCAACUCCUCCUCCAACGAAGAUUACGCGGACAACCUCACAGACAGCAACGACGAGGACUUUGCGGCCGCACAGCCGUGCCACAACCACUACUGCCCCUUCUUCCACCGCGCCGCACCGCCGUACCUGAUGGCCACCAGCGCCACCUCCUUCGUGGCCACGGCUGCUCUGCUGCUGGCUCUGUCCCUGCGUCCCCACUCCUGGCCCCGCGGCCGCGCGUUUGCAGCCCAGCUGGCCGCGUGCUGCGCGCUGUUCGCCGUCACGUCGCUGCCGACGGCUGCGGGCGUCGCUUGGGGGUGGCAGGCGGGCGAGGGGCCGUGCAGGGCUGUGCUGCUGCUGCGGCAGGGCAGCGUGUUGGCACAGGGGCUGCUGCUGGGCGCCGGGUGCUGCGGUUUGCGGGGCCGCGGUUGGUGCAGGGCGGCGGUGCUGUGGGUGACGGCGAUGGCGAUGGCGGUGCCGGCGGCGCUGAGCGGUGGCGUGGCGGGGACGGGGCCGAGCACGCAGUGCUUGCAUCGCAGCGCGGACGUGGAUUCUGCUGCGCAUCUGCUGCACCUCGCCGUGUGUUGCUGCGUCCUCCUGCUGCUGCCCGCAGCGCUGCUGACGGCUGCGGCGCUGCGGGGGGUGCGGGGUGAGAUGGGGAGCGGGGUGGGGUGGCUGUUCUGGGUGCUGUGGGCUCCCCACGGGGUGGCGAUGGUGGUGGAGCUCCUGUUGGAGGUGGGGGUGAUGCCGACCGACUGCGGCGUCUUUGAGAGCUUUGAUUUUGCAUUGGGGCUGAGCGCGGCGCUGGGGGGGCUUCACUGCUGCCUCGUGCCCCUCGUGCUGCUCCUCAGUGCCUUCUAUGGUCACAAAGGGGGGGGAGAGUGCUGAGCGCCCCAAAAGGGCACCCACAGCCCCGUCCCACAGCCCCACGGGUGGCCCCGAUGGCCCUGGGUCACAUCGCUCCCCCUGCACCCAUUGCUUCCCCUGCACCCAUGGGUGCCGUUGGCCUUUAAGCUCCCUGUGGGUGGCACAGUUCCCCCCGAACCCCACAAAUGCUAUUGCUCAGCACCCAUGGGUGCCCUUCAAACACCCCAGGAGUG